AUGGCUCAGCCUGCCAAGCCAUCUCGACUGACUGACUGAUUGAUUGAUUGAUUGAUUCCUGAUAUUUGAUGGAUAUUUUGAUGGAGGGACGGAUAUCUGAAUACUUCUGACAUGCACCAAUUUGACACGCCCUCCUCCUGAUCAUCACCUCGUUUCAUUUCUUGUCCUGAAUCCGGCCCUAUCUUCUUCCUUGAACUCUCGCACGGCCUCCUCCUGGUCCUGCCAUUAUAAGCGGCAAAUGCAAGUGCAGAACGCCACGCUCCCGGCGCUAGCCUCUGUUUCGGGUUCAAGCUGUGCCGGCGGUGAGUGACGGCACCGUUGUCCUCGUCGUCGGCGGCGGCUCUGUCUACUAGCUCCAAUGCAUCGUCACCCUGGGCCUGGGCCUUUCCACGUCUUCAGGGCGGAGGAGCGUGGUGGUGCUGGUGGUGGCACGGCUGGAUUCCACCACCGCAUCGGAGAUGGCGCCGCGCAGUUCCCUCCCGAGCUCUACCACCACCACCAACACCCUCGCAGCCCCAACCCCAGCUCCAAGUCCUCCAGCAACGUCACGCUCGCCACCUUCGCCCCGCAGCCGCUCCUCGCCGAUGCGGGGCAGCAGCAUGGAGUAGCGGCGACGCUGGGCAUGGCGGCGCCGGGGAUGGCGGCGACGGAGGCCGGCCGGUUCUUCCUGCCGAGAGGGGCGGAGCAGCAGCAGCAGCAGCUCGAGAACUGGGGCGACUCCGUGUCCGGCGUCGUCGUCACCAGCCCGCUCACCGAGACCUCCACGGACCUCGACGACAGCGGCGACAUGCGCCACCGCGCUUCGAUGGGUGGUGGCGGAGGCGACGGCGACGGCGCUGGGCAGCCAAGGCUGGGCUGCGUGGAUUCCUCGGACAGAAGAGGGGACCAAAAGGUGAUUGCAGAAACCGGCGCCAUGAAACCUGAUCGUAUGUCCCGGAGGCUUGCGCAGAACCGCGAGGCGGCCCGGAAGAGCCGGGUCAAGAAGAAGGCUUACCUUCAGCAGUUGGAAAGCAGCCGAUCCAAGUUGGAGCAACUGGAGCAAGAGCUUCAGAGGGCAAGGCAGCAGGGAAUGUUUAUCGCGGGUGGAAGCUCCGGUGAUCACUCAAGUGGGGGUGCCUUGGCAUUCGAUUUGGAGUACGCACGAUGGCUCGACGACCACCAACGCCACAUCAACAACCUCAGGGUGGCCGUGGUCACAAACAUGAGCGACGAGGAACUGCGUCUCCUUGUCGAAUCCGUGAUGCUGCACUACGACGAUCUCUUCAGGCUGAAGAGCUUCGCGACCAAGUCCGACGUGUUCCACGUCAUGUCAGGCAUGUGGAUGAGCCCCGCUGAGCGGUUCUUCAUGUGGCUCGGGGGGUUUCGCUCGUCGGAACUCCUCAAGGUUCUUGCGAGCCAGCUUGAGCCCCUGACGGAUCAGCAGCUGAUGGGCAUCUGCAGUCUGCAACAAUCGUCGCAGCAGGCUGAAGACGCGCUGUCGCAGGGGAUGGAGGCCCUGCAGCAGGGGCUAGCCGAGACCCUGGCCGCUGCCGCGGGGGUCGGGCCCCUGGCCACCGGUGCCGACAACGUGACCAACUACAUGGGCCAGAUGGCCAUCGCCAUGGGGAAGCUGAGCACGCUCGAGAACUUCCUCCGUCAGGGCGACCUGCUGAGGCAGCAGACGCUGCAGCAGCUACACCGGAUCCUGACGACCCGGCAGGCGGCGCGCGCGCUGCUCGUCAUCAGCGACUACUUCUCCCGGCUCCGGGCGUUGAGCUCCCUAUGGCUGGCGCGGCCGAGGGAAUGACUGACUAGGAUGGAGUCGCCGGCGUUCAACCAGCUCUUGGGCAGAAUGGUUGUAUCCCAAGGAGAUUUUGACUAGUACCGAUUAACUCCUGGAUUCAGCUGAGUGCCAUGACGAUUCUUUGUUCUCCGGUGGUUUAGUAUCAGGAAGGAAGAAUCAUCGGUUGCUACGUAGCAUAGCAUGGGCGCAUGGCUGGCUUGGCUGCUGCUAAGUACGAGUGUACAACUAGUAGUGUAACCGUACGUAACAAGUGAAAAUGUCUUAACUUAAUCCAUCCAAAACGGAAUCUUAGUACUCCCUC